UAGCGGCGGAGGGCAGUAUGCCCGCUCGGUGAAUCACAUGUCUGCACCGUCCCCGUUAUCCUCUGGUAUAAAUACGACCAGCAGAGAGGUUGGAGCAGCUUCAGACGGUCUGGAGUCUCAGGAAACAAACACAGACUUUUUUAGUUCUCAUCAUUGCCUGCUGGCCCUGUGAGUGUCCGAGAGGAUGCUAAUGAUGAUGAUGAUGAUGAAGAAAAAGGGGAUCAAGUCUCUGGCGUUGUUUGCUCUGAUUCUGGCCUCGGCUAACUGUGUCCUUCCUCCAACUAAGGAUGAUCUUGCACAAAUAUCCCUCCUGGGUGAGCAGUACCUGGAUAAACAGAUUGAAAAUGCUGUUAAUGGAGUGAAGGAGAUGAAGAGUGUGAUGCAGAAAUCUUCUGAGGAUCACAAGAAGUUUUUGGAUGCUCUGAAGAAGACAAAGGAGCAGAAGGAGGAUGCGAUGCGUACGGCUCAGGAGAUGGAGGCCAAGCUGGAGCAGGAGGAGGAAGUGUGCAACGAGACAAUGAGGGCUCUUUGGGAGGAGUGUAAGCCCUGCCUGAAGAACACCUGUGUUAAAUAUUACUCCAGAACAUGCAGCAGUGGAUCUGGACUGGUGGGACGCCAGCUGGAGGAUGUGCUGAACAGAACGUCUCCCUUCUCCAUCUGGAUCAAUGGAGAGAAGCUGGACGUCCUGGAGAGAGAGGGACAGCGACAGAGCAAAGAAUUCAAGAACCUGGAGGAAAAAUACACAGAGAUGGCCGAUGGUGUGGACAGCAUUUUCUCAGACAGUAUGAAGGUUGCUGAUCACAUACACUACAGCCCUCCAGUCUUCUUCCUGGGUCCGUUCAUUCGCAGCAGACACGCUCGCUCUCUGUUCCGUGAUCCUUUCCACGGUUUCCAGGGUCUGUUCUCCCCCAUGAUGGGCAUGGGCAAGAACUUCUUCAGCUCCAUGGGCUCCAUGAUGGAUUUUGACACAGACAUGACUCCAAAUGAGGAUGGCGACGUGAACGAGGACGUGGUCAUCACCAAACCUUUCGGUAAUGGACAGAUGACUUGCAGAGAGAUCCGCCGUAACUCUGCCGGCUGCAUCAGGUUCAAAGACGAGUGUGAGAAAUGCAAAGAGAUCCAGCACAUUGACUGCUCUGGUAAUAAACCUCUGGAGGGACCACUGAAGCAGGAGCUGGAAGCGGCGUUGGCCAUGGCUGAGCGUUUCACACAGCAGUACAACAGCCUCCUGCGGAGGUUUGAAGAGCAGAUGUUCAACACCUCCUCCAUCGUGGAUCUGCUCAACAGACAGUUCGGCUGGGUGUCAUCUCUGGCUAACAACACCAAAGACGACAUCUUCAAGAUUCAGGGGGUGAUCUGCAGGGACUCUGAGGAGAAGACAGGUGUGACGGAGACGCAGCCAGAAGACACUAAAGUGUCAGUGCAGCUCUUUGACUCUCCACCAAUGAACUUCACCGUCCCAGGCGACAUCCCCUGGACCGACCCUAAGUUCUCUGAGGUGGUGGCUCAGGAGGCUCUGGACCGCUACAAGGAAUCCACUGUUGUGCUCAAAUAAAGUUGGAUUCUCACCCCUCACCUGCUGACAGGAGAAUGUUCUGGAUUCAUCACCUAGAAAUCACACCUGGAAAACCUCCUCUAAGUCUGCUUUAGUAAACGACUCAGUCCCAUUGGAGCUCUUCAUCCUGCUGUAAGAGAUUUUCACUAAAUGUACAGAAAAAGCCUCCUUCUGUUUAGACUGUAGUCACCUCUAAAAACAAGCUGCAUAGCACUUCAGUGAUUCACGCUUGAGUUACCAUUGAGAGCUAAGACUUCUGUGGCUGAUGUUAACAGCUGUUUUAACACUUUAAGAUCAAACUGAUUUCCUCAAGCCCUGCUUCAGUGACUUUAACAACCUGAACUACCCUUCCACAGAUCUCUGAGUAUCUGAGUUGGUUGAAGCGGCUUAUUUGCUGGAGUUAAACUCACUGAUUGUAGAGAUUGGCAUCGGGGAAUAGGACUAGAUUAUGUUUGUCAGGAUUGCUUUAAAAUGCACUGUAAAGCAAAAAAAUGAAGCAAUACAUAGAGAUCUAAUAAAACCUGCUCAAACCUA